CAUGAGCGCAGAUUUUAAUCGAGUCGGCUUUGGUUAGCGUGAACUUGGUACUCAACUCAUAUAUAGUGUUUUCUAUUCGGACAGGCUAGUUUAACGAACAUGCCGCUAAAAGUGGAAUUAAAAGAUGACGCUGGGAUGCUUCUAGUGCAGUCUCCAGGGGAGGAUGAGCUGCUCUUCCCUUACGUAUGGCUGAGAGAUAACUGCCAAUGUAGCAAAUGUUUCCAUCCAGUCUCACUGGCCAGAUUGUUGCUGCUAGCAGACCUCAAACUUGAUGACAAACCCCAACACGUAGAGCUUGAAAAUAAUGGUGAGAUUGUGUACCUUGUAUGGUCUGAUGGUCACCGCAGUCCCUAUCCAGUAUCCUGGCUAAAGGAAAGAGCCUUCACGGAGUCAGUGAGGCAGAAACGGAGCAAGGUAUAUCGCAGGACCAAGAAGCUUUGGGGCUCUGAAUUCAAGGACAUACUACCCAAAUUCGACUUUGAAAAGGUGCAGAAAGAUGACAAAGAACUUUACAAAUGGAUGAAAAACCUUGAAGAAUAUGG